CUUGCCUCCCGACGUGGAUACGCAGCACGGCGCCCCCGAUACACGCGCCGACAUAGCACCCCGCCGCAACCAUGGCUGGCAUGGAGAACAUCGAGGUCCAUAGCAAAUCGUACCUCGUCAGAUGGGUCAAUGUUUCGUCGGGCCACACAAUCUCAUGGAGCGUCCAGCCACACAAAAAGUCCAUCAACUUUGGCAUAUUCAAGCACCCCGGAAACGCGACCGGCUCGGCUCCACAUCUGCCCUCGUCGUCGACUUUCGAAGCGGGGCCAGGUACCCCUACCCUCGAACCCCCCGUCACGCGCGGGCGCGGAGCCUCGACGUCACGCAAUGACCGCACCGUCGUCCUCGAGAAGCUGUCGGCCAUUGGCCUCAAGCAGGUACACUGGCACGGGAAAUGCGAGGCCGACCUGGUCACCAUGGGCACCUACGACAUUCCGGCAGGCGAGGGCGGCAUGUAUGGCCUCGUCUUUGACAACACCUUCUCCAAGACCGUCUCCAAGACGGCCACAUUUGUCCUCAUGACGUACCCCACCAAUGCCGCCCCAAAGUCUGGCCACCACAUGCACUAUGCACAGGCAAUGGCGGGAGCAAGCACUACCAGCCUCAAUAAGUCAAGUCCGUCCAUGGGCCCUGCCGAGUCGUCAGAGUCCUUGCCGCAAGCCCCUGGAGAGCGCCCGAGAUCGCAGUAUGCCCAGAAGCCAGGUAGUCUUUCUGGCUCGUCAUUCCUCACUGGAAUCCUGCACAAGAAGAAGAGAAAGCGGAACCAGGGCUAUGCGAGGAGGUUCUUUUCCUUGGACUUCACAACUUCAACACUAUCAUACUACCGCAACGACCACUCCUCGGCCCUGCGCGGCGCAAUCCCACUGUCGCUCGCUGCCGUGGGCGCAAACGAAGAAACAAGGGAGAUUUCGGUGGAUUCGGGGGCUGAGAUCUGGCAGCUGCGCGCUAACAACGAAAAGGAUUUUCACAUGUGGAAAGAAGCGCUUGACCGCGCCUCGAGGACAGCCGCCGACAGGGGGGCCGUGACCUCGCCAACGCUGCAGAUUCAGGAGAGCGCCUUUCAAAGCCUUCCGCGCGCCAUCAACGCCGCCGAAGAAAACGAAUGGGCUCGGGUCGAGGCGCUAGUAGGCAGAGUAUCAGGUACGCGAGAUGCGGUGCGGAGAUUGGCCCAGGAAACCGAUCCCAAGUAUGGUACACCAGCUGCAUUGGUCACCACCAAGUCGAAUGAGGCUGUAUCGCCCACGCCAUCCGAAACAGAGUCCGGCGACUACUUUCCCGAACAAAAGGCACCUGCCAAGGGUUCUUUCUGGAAGCGCAAGCCAAGCUCUGCUACUCAGAGCCCUGCAGGUUCAAUCAAGAAGAACGUCGCAGGAAACGGCACACUUGCAGUUCCCAACCCGAAUGGGCGCCCCAACAGCGUAAGCUACACGGGCCGCUCACCAGAAGAAGCCCUGCAUGAAAACUGCAUGGCCCUGCUCAAAGACCUUGAUUCGGUUGUCCAGGACUUUUCCACUCUCAUCAGCGAAAGCAAACAACGCCGGGCGCUGAUACAGCCACCACUCUCUGCUGUGCAGUCACGCAACAGUUUUGAAUCCAUCGCUGAAUCCGUCGACGAGUUCUUCGAUGCUCCCGAUGGCGAUCCGAGCAAGUCGCAGCUGCUGACUAUCCGGCGCGACAGCGGGGACGAAGAGCGUGAGCGUGAGCACCCUCCCAACGACGACUCGGAUGGCGAGUCGGAAUCGUCUUCGGAAAAUGGAAGCGAUACCAGGAGAGAUCGUACGCGCAUGUCACUGGAAAUGACUCCAGCACUGUUCCCUACAAAGCCCACGUCUCUUACCCCUCUACCACUCAGCCCUGUUGAGCGCCGGAUGACUGUCACUGCGCCCAAGGUUCAACCUCCGAGUCUGAUUGCCUUCUUCAGAAAAAAUGUUGGCAAGGACCUGUCAACUAUUGCCAUGCCCGUAUCUGCCAACGAACCCACAUCGGCACUGCAACGACUAGCGGAGCAGCUGGAAUACAGCGAACUGUUAGACGCCGCUGUGACGGUACCAGCAGAAACGGGCGAGCGACUGGUCCAUAUUGCCGCUUUCGCAAUCUCGGCCUUCAGUAAUACCCGUGUUAAAGAUCGCGCAAUCCGCAAGCCCUUCAAUCCUAUGCUCGGCGAGACAUACGAACUCGUCCGCGAAGACAAGGGCUUCCGUUUCUUUGCUGAAAAGGUCGUCCACCGCCCCGUCCGCAUGGCCUGUCAAGCCGAGGCGCAAGAGUGGACAUUUAUGCAAUCCCCUACGCCAAUGCAGAAGUUCUGGGGCAAGAGCGCCGAAAUCAACACAGAUGGUCGUGUUCGCAUCUUCUUGCAUGCUUCGGGUGAACACUACUCCUGGACCCUAGCAACGUCCUACCUACGUAACGUCAUUGCAGGAGAAAAGUAUCUCGAGCCCUCUGGCACCAUGACCAUCAUGUCCGAAACUUCGGGCGCAAAAGCCGUAUGUACUUUUAAAGCUGGCGGCAUGUUCGCCGGUCGCUCAGAAGAAGUUUCUGUCGAAACCUUUGACAGCACAGGCUCCAUCCUCCCUAGUGGCGCAACGGGCAAAUGGACCACUGAUCUGCAACUUACCACCAACGGCCAACCAGCGGGCAAGACCAUCUGGAAAGUAGGCAGCCUCGUCGACAAAGCGGAGAAACACUACGGUCUCACGACUUUUGCGGCGGCCCUCAACCAAGUCACUGCCAUUGAAAAAGGCCGCAUUGCACCCACGGAUUCCCGCCUCCGACCCGAUCAGCGCGCGCUCGAAGACGGCGACGUAGACAAAGCCGAGGCACUCAAAGCGCAGCUCGAAGAGCACCAGCGUUCGCGCAGAAAGGUUCUCGAGGAACGCGGCGAAGAGUGGAAGCCCCGCUGGUUCACAAAAGUCGGAUCUGUCGAGGCGGCCGCGCUGGGCGAUGAAGAAGUAUGGAGGCUCAAGGGAGGCAAAGACGGAUACUGGGAGUGUAGGGAACGCGGCGAGUGGACCGAUGUUACCGAUGUUUUUGAGACUUGAAACUAGAGCAACGUUUGAUAGACGAAAGACUGGUUUGAGGGGUAGACAGGAGGAAUGAAGAGAUGGAAAAGAGCAUUUAAGAGCAGACAUUUCGACCCAUAUACACAUUUAACAUAC